AUGCAAUUCAAUUCCCUGGUUCUCCUAGCAGGAGCAACCAUCCUCUCACCAUUCGUUCAAGCUCAGACUUGGACCGCUUGCAAUCCUCUCAAUACAACAUGUCCCAAUGAUCCAGCUUUGGGUACAAACCAUACUUUCGUUUUCAACACAUCAUCCACAGUCGACAACUAUUUCAACAUCACCGCUGGGUCUCUUUCAUAUGGCGAUGAUGGUGCCGAAUUCACUAUCGCCAAACAAGGACAAUCACCCACCAUCGAAUCCAAGUUCUACAUCUUUUUUGGCCAGGUAUCUGUGAUCAUGAAGGCUGCACCUGGAGUAGGUAUCGUAUCAAGUAUCGUUUUGGAGAGUGACGAUCUGGACGAAAUAGAUUGGGAAUGGAUUGGAGGUAACACCACUCACGCCGAGACCAAUUAUUUUGGAAAAGGAAAUACUACUUCCUAUGAUCGGGCCAUCUGGUACCCAACUCCUACCGAUCCAACAACAAACUUUCACAACUACACCAUCGACUGGACUGCCGAGAGAAUUCAAUGGUGGAUUGACGAUAGUCUUGUUCGAACCCUUGCAUAUGCUGAUGCGGUUAAUGGCAAGAACUUCCCUCAAACCCCCAUGACAGUCCGAAUUGGAAUCUGGUCCGGUGGUGAUCCAAAGGGGAACAGCGUGGGAACAAUCGAAUGGGCUGGUGGAGAGACCGAUUUCACCAAGGUUCCAUUUACGAUGUACGUGAAGAGUGCAGCAGUUCAAGACUACAGCACUGGCUCAGAAUAUCAAUGGACUGAUAAAACUGGAGACUGGCAAUCCAUCAAAGUUAUCAGCGGUAACUCGACUGUCGCAGAGACUAUCACCAAGAAUGAAACCCCCACACUCUCCAUCGGUGAAAAAUGGGACAACCUUCCUAAGACCACCAAACUCGCAGUCUACUGUGGAGGUGGUGCCGCAGUCGCCGCUCUCGUCUCUGCCUUCCUCUUCACCUUCCUCCGUCAACGUCGCAAUGGCCGUCUAGAACGUGAAGCCUACAACCAAUUGAUUGAAAAGCAACAGCAAGACGCCUACAAAGACCAAAUGGAAUUGCACAACAAGGGUCUUGGCGGUUUCGAUAACAACUCACAUGCCACCCAAGGAGAUGACGCACUUGGAGGCUGGGGUAACGACCAAGGAACUGGAUACGUCGGACCUAGUGGAAGCGCGAGCGCAAUGGCUAGUGGAAGUCCGAUGGUGCAGGCUGGCCAACAUGGUCCCAUGAGUCCGACGAUGGUUAUGCGAAAUGCGGAGAUGAGUCCACAUAGUGCGGAGUUUCCUCAACCGCAACAACCGAUGUUUGGGGGUAGUGCCAAUGGUGGUGCUUACAUGAAGAUGUGA